AACCAGCUGCCGACAUCGCUUCCUCCCUCUUCUUCUUCCUCAACCUCCACCUCCACCAUCUCAACCUCACCUCCCGCCCUCUCUUCGGGGUUGACACACGCGCGAACUCGGUCCUUUUCGACUCGGUUCUCUCUUUACAUUGACUGGAUUUUGUUGGUCUUACGCCUAUAGCAUGAUCUCGGCUACCAGGAUGUCGGCUACCGCGCGGGCGGCCACCCUACGGUCCCAGAUAUCGACUCUGAAGACGGCAUCCGGCAGUGCUGCUAUCUCCCAACGCUCCCUGAUUCAGUCCUGCUCUUACGCAACAUCACGACCCACCCUUCUGAGCAACCAGCGCGCGGACCGUCCCGUCUCCCAGCUUGUAUCCCCGUAUGCUGCUCUUCCGCUGACCAGGUCCUUCCACGUUGCCACCCCUCGCUGGCAACAACAACAACAGCAAAAGGAUAAGCAGGAGAAGGAGGAGCAGCAGGAAAAUAAGUCCGAGGAAUCGAAGGAGGAGAAGACUGAGGAAGAAUCAAAGAAGGAAGAGAAGAAGGAUGCGCCUCCGCCGCCACCCCACGGUGACAAGAGCCCUUGGCAGGUUUUCACGGAGACUCUUCAAACAGAGUUCAAGGCAUCUAAGGAAUGGAAUGAGUCGACAAAGGCCCUUGCCUCCUCGGCUCACCAGUUCUCGGAGAACGAGAACAUCAAGCGGGCUCGUGCCGCUUAUGAAGCGGCCUCGGGAGCCGCUACUUCCAAGACCGCCACUGCCCUGAAGUCGACCGGUAAGGCCAUUGGCACCGGAGCAUCCUGGACCUGGAAUACCCCCGUCGUGAAGGGUCUGAGAAAGGGUGUCAACGCGACUGGCUCCGGUCUCGAGAAGGCCACCAGACCCGUGAGAGAGACCGAGGCCUACAAGAGUGCCGUGGGCGGUGUGAAGAAUGCCAUCGAUGAUGGUAGCAGCUCUCGCUACGGUGGUUACAUCGAUAAGGAGGAGCGCCGGAGACAGAGGAAAUUGCGUGAAGAGGAGGAGCUCAAGUCUGGCCGCCGUCUUGAGCCGAUGGUUGAAGAUCCUGAUGCCGGAACCAACGUUACACUUCACAAGGACUCUGCUUGGAAGGAGUCGUGGCGCGACUUCAAGGACUCUAACCCUAUGAUGCAGAAGCUUUUCACCCUGAAGGAGAAUUACAACGAGUCGGAAAACCCCCUGAUCAGCACCGCACGCAGCAUUUCGGACCGUGUCGCUGGAUUUUUCGCCGAGAACGAGACUGCCCGGGUUAUCAAGAAGUUCCGGGAAAUGGAUCCCAACUUCCAGAUGGAAGCGUUCCUGAGGGAAAUGCGUGAAUACAUCCUGCCCGAGGUGCUUGACGCCUAUGUCAAGGGAGACGUCGAGACCCUGAAGCUCUGGCUGUCCGAUGCGCAAUUCCAUGUCUACGCUGCUCUUGCUCAGCAGUACACUACCGCUGGCCUCAAGUCGGACGGUAGGAUUCUCGAUGUCCGUGGCGUUGACAUCUCCCACGCCCGCAUGUUGGAGCCCGGUGACAUCCCCGUGUUCGUGGUGACUUGCCGCUCGCAGGAGGUUCACGUCUAUAAGAAUGUGAAGACUGGCGAGCUGGCCGCCGGCAUGGAGGACAAGGUUCAACUGGUCACCUACGCCAUCGGUCUGACGCGGAUACCCGAGGAUGUCAACAACCCCGAGACCCGGGGCUGGAGAUUGAUCGAGUUGCAGAAGGCUGCUCGCGACUACAUCUAAGCUACUCAAACGCACCUCCUUCUUCGAUUACCCCUACGCUCAACGAUCAUCACACCUCUGCUUGAUUCUUGGUCUAUGACAUGCCUCUAUUCUCUUCUCGAUUGUUUUGAUAUCAUCCGACUGUACAAUAUUGAUU